AUGCUCUACGGGCUCGUGCAGCUCUACGAGGCGGCGCUGCCGGCACUGCAGAGGCAUGUGCUGAGCUUCGACGACAAGGUGCAGGCGCAGGAGAUGCCGGUCAUUGCGGAGACCCGACGCUCGCUGCUGCAGGUGCUCGCGCGCUGCGUGGACGUGGUGAUGGAGAAGGAAGGUGGCUCUAGCAGUGGAGAGGAGCUGCUGGCGGGGCUGCACGCCUUGAGCAACGGCUGCCUGGACGACGAGGCGGAGCACGGCUCGUUCCUGAGUGACUUGUGGUACCUGUGCGAGUGCAAGGACAAGGUGGCGGCGUACUUCGACCGCUGCAAGCUGGACGUGGAGAACUUCUCGUACCUGGACAUGGUGGUCGAGGGCCUCCCACGGCGACGCGUGCUGCUGACCGACGAUCUGGCUGCAGAGACCAAGCCCCAGGCGACAGUGCUGGCCCCGAUGGUGCUCCAGGUGAAGGACUUCUUCCCGGAUUUGGGUGAUGGCUACGUCGAGCUCUGCCUGCUCAGCUCGAACCUGCAAGUGGAGGUCGUGAUCAACUUCCUGCUGGAAAGCAACCCGCCGCCGGUGCUCAUUGACGUCGCCCAGGAUUUGAAGCGCUGCGACCCGAAGUUUGUGCGCUUGGAGGCGCAGAUCACCGGCAAGCCAGCUCCAGCGCCGAAGAAGGAAGAGUCGAAGAAGCUGGACCCGAGUCGAGUGUGGGUGGGCAAGAAGGCGAUGGAGAAGACGUACGACCCCCAGAUUGCGAAGAAGGACCAGCAACUGGUGGAGAAGAUGAAGCAGCUCGUGGAUAUGUACGAGGAAGAAGACGAGUACGGGCAGCCCCUGAGUGGUGCAGGCGCAUACGGCAGCAUAGAUGACGGCAUCGCCACUCUGGACGAGUACGACGACGACUACAACGACGAGUUCGACGACUUCGUGCCGUUCAGCAUCCGCGAUGGCGGCAGUGCCGAUGACCAGGAUGAUAUUCGUGAGCAGAACCGCCGGAUGCGCUUGAAGGAGGAGAAGGACGCGUUCUGGGAGGGCAUGCGCAACCGGAACCGUGACAACCCGCUCAAUGCGGCAGGCGAAGAAAAGAAGCCUGACGAACAGCUAACACCGCAGCAGAUCCAGCGCCAGCGAGCAAGGAAAGACAAGAACAAGGCCAAGGUAGCGAAUCACAACCGAAAGGACCGGGCGAUGAAGAAAAUGGGCUGA